CUUUUUUACACAGUUCUACCUUUUUAACCCGACAUGGGUAAAAAACAACUGUUUAUGUUCUUGGUUCCUGCCAUACUUUAUCAAAAUGCAUUCGCAAGAAAACAUUUUGGAGCUGAAUGUUGCGAAGAAUAUUGCUACAGUACGGAUAAAGAUCAGGAGCAGAUAAAGCAUCGCUCAAGCAACUCAGCUUACCAGUUAGUAAAAGGAACUGACUACGCCGAUCAGUACAUGGUACCAAAUUGUAAGCCAGUACGAUUUUGGCUGCUAUCUAGACAUGGUACGAGGUUACCAGAGAGAGAGGAAGUAGAAGCCAUUUCGGAGUUAAUAUCUCUCCGUGAUCAAAUUAUCGAAAAUUAUGAAGUUAAAAAAUCAGCACCUGCAAAGGGAGCUCUUUGCGUCCAAGAUUUGAAAUUGCUAAAAGACUGGGUAAUAGAUAGAAAUAUAACUAACGAUAAAGAUGAAUAUUUGACAGUUCAGGGGUGGAAUGAUUUGAAAGGAAUUGCGGAAGAUUACAAAAAGGUCUAUCCGGAGUUACUUGGAAGAGAAUAUGAACCAAGUAAAUUUUUGGUAAAUAAUAAUUGA